AAAAAAGUACUGUUUAACAAACUGAGGUGCUGUGCCUUUGCAUUCGAGGGACACACAAUUCUAUUGAUAGCCUCCUCUCCAGUCUGAAGACACAAGCAUUGCCCUGAGAUGGCCAUGGUAUGCCUGACCGAUUUUGAGGAGUACGCAAAAGAACAUCUCCCAAAGGCUACCUGGGACUAUUAUGCAGCUGGUGCGGAUGAGUGCCGUACUAGAGAUGACAACCUGUUGGCAUAUAAGCGAAUUCGUCUGCGCCCCCGGAUGCUGCGUGAUGUGUCCGUCAGCGACACCCGGACUACAGUCCUCGGCACAGAGAUCAGUUUCCCUGUAGGCAUUGCGCCUACUGCCUUUCAUUGCUUGGCAUGGCAUGAUGGAGAAAUUAGUACUGCAAAAGUCACUGAGGCGGUGAACACUUGUUACAUCACCAGCACCUACUCUACCUGCUCAGUGGAGGAGAUUGUGGAAGCUGCUCCCAACGGCUACCGCUGGUUUCAGCUGUACGUCUACCGGAACCGUCAGGUCUCGGAGCACAUUGUCCACCGGGUCGAAGCACUCGGUUACAAGGCUUUGGUACUUACAGUAGAUGUUCCCUACACUGGGAAAAGGAGGAACGACCUCCGGAACCAGUUUCGGCUACCGCCACAUCUUAAAGUAAAGAAUUUUGAUGGUGUUUUCAAGGAAAAGAAUGGUCCUGAAGAGUAUGGCAUUCCAGCCAACACUCUGGACCCGUCUAUCAGCUGGAAGGACAUCUACUGGCUGCAGUCCUUGACCCGCCUGCCCAUCGUUAUCAAGGGGAUUCUGACGAAGGAGGAUGCCGAGCUGGCUGUGGAGCAUGGGGUCCAGGGCAUCAUUGUGUCCAACCAUGGGGGCAGACAGCUGGAUGGAGGGCCUGCUACAAUAGAUGCCCUUGCAGAGAUUGUGGAUGCAGUCCAGGGUAGAAUUGAAGUGUAUUUAGAUGGAGGAAUCCGCACAGGAAGUGAUGUGUUGAAGGCAAUUGCAGUUGGAGCAAAGUGCGUCUUUAUUGGGAGGCCUGUGGUUUGGGGCCUUGCUUACAAGGGGGAAGAAGGAGUCCGGGAGAUUUUGCAGAUUCUCAAUGAUGAAUUUCGCCUGUCCAUGGCACUGGCUGGUUGCAGAAAUGUUUCUGAGAUCAACAGAAACCUAAUUCAGUUCUCCAAGCUUUAGUCUACAUCCUGCUUCUUAAUCUGAGAAUGCAUGGGGAGUAAAGGGGAAGAACAUCAUCAUCAUAAUAAUAAUAAUAAUAACACCGUGUAACAAUUUUUUUUUUUUUUUUGUUCCUGGAU